UGACAUCAUCAGAAACGGACUCUGUUGUUAUUCAUGAAAUGUGGGAAGCUGUUGUCAUGUUUGGUUCGUUUUAAAUUAUUUCGUCGUAUUUUAACCACUAAAACCCUAAAAUGACGGAAUACUGGAAAUCACAACCAAGGAAAUUCUGCCAGUACUGCAAGUGCUGGAUUGCGGACAAUAAGCCUAGCGUCGAGUUCCACGAAAGAGGGAAGAAUCACAAAGAAAAUGUGGCUGCAAAAAUCACCGAGAUUAAAAAGAAGAGCAUGGACAAUGCGAAGCAGGAGGAACGCAUGUCUAAAGACUUUCAGAAAAUGGAGGAGGCUGCGAUGAAGGCGUAUCAGGAAGAUCUGAAGAGGAUGGAAAAGGAGUCGGGAGGAUCAGGCUUACCAGUCGAGACAACAACACAAGAGGAAACACCUCAGGUCAUUAAUCAAGCCAGAUCUAUGGUGGGGCCCCAGGCAAGACCUAAAGUGGGACCCCAGGGUGGACCCCAGGGUGGAUACCAGUCCGGACCCCAGGGUGGACCCCAGUCCAAAAAACAGCAGAAGAAACAGAAAGCAAACCAGAUGCCCAGAGGUCAAAUGAGAGCGCAGGUCUGGGUUAAAGGACAGACUGAGGAUGGAAACGCUUACUAUUAUAACACAAUAACAGGAGAAUCUAGAUGGGAUAAUCCAGAGUCUUUCCAGGGAGCAAACUCAGCCCCGGCACAGCCUGAAAGGUCUUCAGGGGGUCUUUGGACGGAAGCUGUCAGUCCUGAGGGUCACAAAUAUUACUACAACUCAGAAACUAGGGAGAGCAGCUGGGUGAAGCCAGCGGGAUUCACUUCAGGGAGUCAGGAGGAGGCCCCUCAGCCGGAGCCCCCGGGGGUAGAGGAGAGCUCCAGCGGGGCCCCAGCAUCUCAGGAGCCUGGAGUCCCUGAACAAGCCCUCCAGCAGCCCAAAUACCCAAAGAUCAACUUUAGGAAAAGGAAAGCAGAGGCCGAGCCCUUAGAAAAGGAGGAACUAGAUAAAGAGAGUGAGGAUGCUCCUAAAGGUGAGGCUGAAGAGAUGGUAAAAGAGGAAGUGAAAAAAGAGGAGGAUGUCCAAAGCACAGCAGCUGCACCUGAAGAGAAAAAAGAGGAGGCACCAGUGAAGAUACAAAUCAGAAUAAGACAAAAAUCUGCCAAUCCUUAUGGAGCCUGGGAACAGAUCAAGGAAGAGGUGGAUCCAUAUUCCAAGGUGGACUUACAGCUUCCCAAGGUGCAGGGAUACACUGCCAGCGCUCCAGCCGCUGGCCCGCCGCCGGAGCCAAAAACCAAGUUCAAGGAGCGCGUCAUCACUUCCCUCGGAGAGGAAGGAGGGUCUACUUCAUUCAGGAAGAACAAGACACAGAACGGCAAAUCCAGAAGCAUCCGACAGAGAGAGGACGACGACGACGACUGACCAAAGAAAACCGUCACGCAGGAGACUUUCACACAAACACAACUCUUCUUCAUGCCUCUCUUAAACCUCACAACAGCAGACUCUCUGUCAGCUGCAACAGACAGGAACUUUAGACAUUUUGUUGUUUUUUAAAUGUAUUUAGAAAGUGUUUUGUUUUGUCGAGGAUGAUGACCAAUUGUAGGACACCUUGGAGUAACCUGAAAAGUAAAAUGCUGUUUAUAUCCAUCUGCCUUUCUCUGUUUUAUUUCAUAUUAAAGUGAAUAUCUUUGGACUAAUUAAGACAUUUACAGUCAUCACCAUGUACUUAUUUUAAAUCCACAUAGUUAAAUCAAUCUACAACAAUUGAAAAUAAUUGGUAGUUGCAGUCCUAUUUUAAAUCCUCCCAUGUUUUUCUACACAGAGCAAAUCAAAUAUUUUUUUGUAUUUUCCAUAUUUGUAUUUUUUCAUCAUUGUGAAAGCUAGAAAGCAAUUCCGUGGAACCAUAAUUGACUGUCAUACUGAAAGAAUAAAAGUGAUUAAAGACCGGUGACUACG